AUGGCUGCUUGUUUUCGCGUCACAGAAAAGGCUCCCAAGGCCGAUAUUGUUUUGUCAGGGUCCAUGUCGCGGAGAACCGCACACAAACGUGACAUCAUGCCAUUCUCCAGCGGCAUCAGCUUGUCCGUUACGGGAUUCGGGAAGGUGCUAUUGGAGAAGUACAUGCUGCCUGUUGAAGUCGCCAUGCGCACCAUCUUGGAGAGCGUUAGACGACCAGAGGCCACCUCCAUAUUCGCCACGAUCAGACUAUGCAGAGUAGUUAAGGCGCCUAGUGCACUUUCCCGGGACGCGGCAUUUGCCAGUAUCAUCGUCACAAUGCUAACCGCCACCAGGAUCGCCACAAGGGGACACAACACCCAGCAGCGCAGAGAGAAACUGUAUACUCGGCCACUGUGA